UUGGUGAAAAAUUCUCUGCGGGCUUUGUUUGUAUCAUAACGACGGAGUACAAAUUUAAUAAAAAAUGUCGACCGGUCUGGGUUUGUCGACAUUGAGGGAAGAAGAGGAUGAGAUGGAAUGGUCGUCAGGAGAAGAAGAAUAUGUUGAAAGUGAAUACGAAGCUGAUGAAGAUGAAUAUGAACAACCAAAUGAAGAAGAUGAUGAUAAUGACGGUGAUUAUGAGGAGAAAAUGUCUACAUGGCGAAAUAAACCUAAUCAGUUCGAUAAUUUAUGUGAUGGCGUUGUUCAGGCUAUAACAAUGGUCCAUUCAGCCUUAACAGAGACCCUUUUAAUGAAAGAUAAACUAUUAGAACAUCAUUUACCUCCGAAUGUUCUUGUCGAAUUAUCCUUAACAUCUACAAAAUUAUAUAGAAGUGUUAGUGAUAUGAACACGCCUGUUUACGAAUUAAUAAGACUAGUCCGUCUCUACUCUACCCCUUGGGAAGAGAAAAGUGCUGCUUUAAAGAAGUUACAUGAAGAUUAUGAUAGAAAAGCUCGCCAACUAGAUGUUGCAGUUAAACGCCUUCAAAUGGUUGACGCUCAAGCUCUUAGAAUGGCUAGAGAAAGACGCAUUCUUAAUUGGGAGAAGCUCUUCUCUAAAAUCUCCUGCUCGAAAGGACAUGGGAGGAGAUGGAAAUUUCUUAUUGAUUCUUUUAAGAAAAGAGUAAAAGAAGGGCCAGAGUCUUUUCAAGAUUAUGUAAAUACUCUUGACCAAGACGAUCAAGAAGACUCGGAGGAUGAAGAAAAUGCCAUUUUGGAGGCAGCUGCGGAAAGAAUCAUUACUCCUAGUGAAGAUAAACAAAGUACUGGAAAGCUGGAUAGUGAAACUUUCACAGACAAAAAUGAUUCAGAGACAGAAACGGAGAGGGAUGGAGAAUCGGCAAAAGUGCAAUCCGAUAAAGAAAAGUCACCUGUACCAGAAAAAGUUGUCUAUUUUAAGCCUGAAACGAAAGAUGCUUGUGUGUAUACUAAUGAACCGGUCUAUGAUAGAAAACUCCAUAUCCGUCUCUAUAAACCGCAAGAUAUUACUCAAUCACAACUUAAAUCGGUUGUUACGUAUGGCAGUCAAUACUUUAAAACUGGAAUAUUGGACGUUCCCAUUUCACCAGAACCGACAGAAGACGCUGCAGAGCAACAACCUCCACCUCUUCGAAGACCUGGUAGAGGUAGAUUAAUUGGAAGUAAAAAUACUAAUGGAGUUCAGAGGCCAACUGCAGCUAAAAAAGAUAAGAAGAAUUCAAAACGACAUUUUGAAGAGUGCAUUCUUUUAGUUAAUGAGGAACAUGGAGUUACUUGGGUUGAUGGUAGAAAAGAGGAAAAAUCCUCUUUUAAAGAUAAUAUAAGGAUAGCCCUGCAUCAUGGGGAAAAUGAAGAUAUGUUUGCUUUAGCAACUGUGGAAAUUGAGGAACUAGAAAAGCUAGAAUUACCUUCCGUUUUUCUCCGACCAGAUAUUGGAGACGAUCCAGAUUUGUCAAAUCCAUCAACAUCAACAUUUGUAUCUUAUCAGCAAGAGGAGAAAAAGCGUCUUGAAAAAGUUCACAUUGAAGAAGAAGUUGAAAAUUUUGAACCGAUGAAUUAUCCACUUUAUUCCAUCCAUACUGGUCUUGCUGAUGCUAUGCACAUGCCUUGUGGGCAGCAACCACUUCUUUUCUUUUGGGUUAAAAGAGAAAUACCUAAAACUGUUCACAAAUUGACAGAAAGCGAGACGGUUGAAGAAAUAGUUUAUGAUGUAACCGGCUUCGAUAUGUCAAAAGUCAGUAAAGAAGACCUUCACCGAGAUACGGAUUCAGUGGCUCUCUCAGCUCCUAGAUUUACACCUGAACCUGUUGAGGAAACUGUUUCGAAGAAUGAAUAUGAGAAAAUGAAGGAAAAUUAUGAAGAAAAAUUCCUACAACUGCAAGAAGAAUAUGAAGGAAGAUUAGAACAUCUAGUUAAUAGCCUAAAUAAUUUAAACAAUGAAGUAAAUAAACCUUCAAAGACGGAGGAUGUUCGAACAGCUGUUAGAACUCCUUCUCCAAAAAUAAAAACUACUCUACAAGGUCCAAAGCCCCCAAAUAUACCACAAAGUACAAGGUAAAUCUUAUCAACUAUACAUUUUUUUAAAUAAUCGAAAUUAUUACUUCAGUCCAAUUGAAGAUGUCCCUAAACCAAGAAGGAAGAUUUUGAAAACUGCUCCUCAAUAUGGUAGUAAUCUUCCUAAGAGUGUAAGUAACACAUUUAUCUUGUAUUUUAAGCAUUAAAAUCAGAUAUUGAUUUUUAUUUCUAUUGCAGUUCUUUGAACGGUUAGCACUUUUCCAAGAUUUAUCAGAGAGACAUAAAAAGGAACUGCAGGAAGAGCAAUUAAAUUCACAGUUUACAGCCAAUGAACAGAAAUUGGCAGCUGAAUUUAAACUUCAUAAACCAGGAUCAAAUGAUCUAAAUGAAAAUUUACAAGACGUUACUUUACCGGCAGUCUUUCAAGCAAUGCGGGGUAGUAGUAUCUAUAACCCACGAGCGUCAAAAUAUUUCCAUCCUACUGGAAGUAAAGGAUUACGACUCACUCAGCCACCUUCUAUGGUUCAACUUCCACCUCUACCAAAAGGGCGCCUACCCGUUGUUAACCUAUUUGAAAUGAAUCAAAACUCACACAAAAGUGGCACUGAAUGGUUAAUUGAUAGAUAUAUACAUCAACAACGAGAGAGGGAACAAAAGGAUGAUAUUUACGUUCCAGCCGAAUACGAAAAUGAUCCUAUUGAACCUCAAAUUGCAGAAAUGCCCGAAAUGACUGAAUGUGAUUAAAAUCAAAAGUGCCUAAUAAUGUAUUUAUUAACAAUAUUUAGGUAAAAUUAAAUGUAUAUUUAUUAUUUUUUGAAAAUUUUUUGCAUGUUUUCUUCCUUUUUCUUUUUUUUAAAGUAUUGUAUUUAGUGGCCAAAUUUUUCGAAUAAUUUAUUUAAUUAGUGCCAAAUAAACAAAGCUGUUUUUUUUUGUUUAUAUAAAAAUAAUACUUUUAUUAAAAAUAUAAGACACAUAAAACCUUUUAUUGUCCGCCAUCGCAAUAGAACAUUCUAAUAGAACAAUCAGCGCCAUCUUUAGAUACGGAUACCUUAAAACGUUAUUUUGUUCAAGGUAAAGUAUUAGUGUCUAUAAAAAAAAUGAUUAACUUAUUUGAACAAAUAAAUAAUUUCACAAAGUAGUUCAAGGAAGUAUGUUUAAAAGUAAAGUCUGUUUGUAUCUAUGGUUAAAAAAUAGUUAUGUCGACCAUUCGGGGUUUAUUUCUCUCCAACUUGUGUCUUUCGUCGGUUAUACGUCUUAGAUGCUUUAUUUCGUGAAGAAUUCUUUUAGCGUGAUGAUCAUUAACAAUUGGAAGAUCCUUGAUAAAAAACAUAACAAAAAUAAAUAUAACGUAUUAUCUUAUUUAGAAUCCGUUGGUAUCUUAUCUAAAUGCGAUUAUUAUUUGUAUUUCGGAUGAAAGUCUUACCAGGCCUAGAUUAUUUCGAGUGAUCAUUUAAGUGGAAUAGAUAAUAAAUUAGGUAAAAUAGCCGCAAAAAAAUAAAAUAAAGCGUACUUCAAUUAUUAUGUCGUAUAAAGACUACAUUUUGCCUUUAAACUAAUCCUAUAGAUAUUUAUGAGAGUAACAUAUUUUAUAAUAUUUAGCAGAUAUUAUUUAGUUGAAGGAUACAAUUCAAACAGAACAAUGCAAAGAAUUUAUAUUUAUCUCGCAAGUUAUCGUAAAAAUUUAAAAUAAAGUAGAUACUCUUAAACUGCUGUCUCUGAUACAAAAUAAUGUCACAUUGAUGAACAGACUAAUUAAAUUGCUAAUUUAGCUGUAAGAGAUAUGUCAACAUUUUUCAAUCUACUACAAAAGCUUACCUUUAAAUCGUACAACUCUAAAAUGAGUAAUUGCUUUCCAUUAAUUUGAUAUGAAGUAAAUAGGUCACAAUAUUCCUUAAAACCCAAGCUCACUAACCAUUCGGUUACCUCACAAACAGUCCAGUUUUCAACAUUUAAUACUU